AUGGCUUCUAGUUUUCUUCAUCAUCUUGGCCUCAUUCCUCUCUUUGCCAUGCUAUGUGUGACAGUUGCUCAAACUAAUUAUCAAAAAAUUAGUUUGGGAAGGUCACUUGUAGCCUCUGAUGAUUCAGAUUCCUGGCCAUCACCUUCCGGUGAGUUUGCCUUUGGAUUUCAUCGUCUCGAGAACCAAAACCUUUAUUUGCUAUCCAUUUGGUUUGACAACAUACCAAAUAAAACACUAGUUUGGUAUGCAAAUGGAGAUAAUCCAGUUCCAAAAGGAUCCAAAGUCGAGCUAACAAGUGAUGGUCUGCUCAACCUCAAGGACCCUGGAGGGAACAUCGUCUGGCAUCCGAAUCCCAUCCCUUCUGGCGUUGCUUAUGCUGAUAUGCUUGACACUGGCAAUUUUGUUCUCGUAGGCACUAAUACGAGUAACGUUUGGCAGAGUUUUGAUAACCCUGCAGACACUCUCUUGCCAACUCAAACACUAGGAGUCGAUAUAUCAGUUUCUGCUAGGACAGCCGCAGAAAAUUUCACAAGGAGUCGGUUUGAGCUUCGCCUGAUUCGAGAUGGGAAUCUUGUGCUUAACACAAUUGCGUGGCCAAAAGAAAAUAAAUAUGAAGCUUAUUAUUGGAGCAAUACUGUUGAUUCACCAGAUGGAAUCACUGGAAACAAGCUUAUUUUUAACGAGUCAGGUUACCUUUAUAUUAUCAAGACUGAGGGAGAUGUUGUUAAUGUUAACUCUGCAAGCACUAUUCCAAGUUUUCCAAUAAGAGAUUAUUAUCACAGGGUAACAGUUGACUAUGAUGGGGUUCUCCGCCAGUAUGCUCAUCCCAAGACUCCCAAAAAUGGGGAAUGGACUGCCAUCUGGUUUGCUCCCAAUGAUAUAUGUUCUUCUAUGAAUGGUGAGAGAGGCGGUGGCACUUGUGGUUUCAAUAGCUAUUGCUCCCCUGGUAGUACAGAUGGAAGCCCAAAUUGCCAGUGCCUUCCAGGCUUUAGGUUCUCGGAUCCAGGCAACAAGUUCAACGGUUGUAAGCGAGAUGCAAUCCAAAACUGUGAUCUUGGUAGCCUGAGACCAGAAGAUAUAUAUGACAUGCAAGAGUUGAACGUGAAUUGGCCCAAUUCUACAAACUACGAUUCUUUGGAGUCAUUGAGUGAUGUUGAGUGUAGCAAGUCUUGCUUGUAUGAUUGCCAGUGUGUUGUUGCUGUCAAUGUCGAUGGGGCCUGUCGAAAGAAGAAAUUCCCUGUUUCCAAUGGGAAAAUGCUCCAGCCUAACAAUGGAAAGGCUUUUGUUAAGGUACGAAUCUCUAACACUUCAUCAAGUGAUUCUUAUACAAGAAUAGACUGGCCAAAAAGAUCCCCGGCCACAUUUUCUAUGGUAGCAAAACUUCUGCUAGGAAGCUCAGUAUUUCUUAACUUGCUGCUAGUGGUGGCUAUAUUGCUCAUCGUCCUUCGAUCAUAUGAUGGAAGGACUAAACUUCACAGACCACCAAGUCUAUUGGAUAGUAAUCUUUGCACCUUCACAUAUCAAGACCUUAAAGUGUCUACAGAUUGUUUCAAGGAAGAAAUAGGAAGGGGCUCUUUUGGUACUGUAUAUAAAGGGGUCUUGCCAUUGUCAGGCACACUAACUAUAGUUGCCGUCAAGAAGUUACACAACAUGUCACAAGAUGGCGAGCGGGAAUUCAAAACAGAAGCAAGUGUAAUAGCAAAGAUCCACCAUAAGAAUCUAGUCAGACUAAUCGGAUUCUGCAAUGAAGGGCCACAUAAACUUUUGGUGUAUGAGUUUAUGAGCAACGGAUCACUUGCUCGCUUCAUUUUUGGAGAGUCAAGGCCUGAAUGGGGCAAACGAAUCCAGCUUGCAUUUGAGAUUGCCAGAGGGCUUACGUAUUUGCAUGAAGAGUGCAGCACACAGAUCAUUCAUUGCGAUAUUAAGCCCCAAAACAUCCUUGUGGAUGAUUCAUUUACAGCAAGAAUCUCUGAUUUUGGAUUGGCAAAGCUUCUGAUAAGUGAUCAAUCUCGGACACUGACAGAAAUUAGAGGCACAAAGGGCUACGUGGCACCGGAGUGGUUCAGGAACACACGAAUUACUGCAAAGGUGGAUGUUUACAGUUACGGUGUGAUGUUGUUAGAGAUCAUCUGCAGUCGGAAAUCGAUUGAUAUGGAAAGACAAAAUGAAGCGGAGCAAAUCCUGGUAGAUUGGGUGUCUGAUUGCUACAAAUCAAGAAAGCUAGAUAAACUUGUAGAAGAUGACGAAGAGGCAAGAAGUGACCUGAAGCUACUGGAGAAGCUUGUAAUGGUGGCCCUUUGGUGCAUUCAGGAGGAUCCCACUGUAAGGCCGUCCAUGAAAAUGGUCUUAUAUAUGCUUGAGGGAGUAUGCAUAGUUUCAGCACCUCCAUCUCCUUUCCCCAAUGGCUCAAUCUCUUGA